AAAAAAAAGAGCCUCUCCGCCUAUCGUGCGCAGGUGUGGCUUCUCCCUCUCCCCAUCGCCGACGAGCCCAUUCCCUCCCUGGCAUGAGAUGAGAACGUGGUUGCCGUCGUCGUCGUCGGCGGCGGAGGCGGAAGCCGGGAGGCUGCAGGACCGCAUCUGGGACCUCCACGACAAGCUCAGCCACGCCAUCGCCUCCCUCACCGCCUGCGCCCGCCGCGGGGGCGCAGCCGAGGCCGGGGCCUCGCCCUGCCGCUGCUCCUCCCGCGCCGUCAAGGAGUGGAGGAGGAAGCAGCAGGAGGAGGAGGGAGGAGGCGGGAAAUGCGGCCCGGAGCAGGAGGCGGUUUCGGUGGCGGCCAUGGAGGGCGCGCGGAGCCUCCACGCCGUCCGCGCCGCGCUCGAGGACCUCGAGGGCCAUCUCCACUUCCUCCACAAUGUUCAAUUACGUCAGGUCGCAGAACGAGAUGCCGCAAUUGCUAGGUUGCAGCAAAGUCGUAUUCUGCUUGCUACAAGAUUGGCUGAACACAGAUGGAAGAAGCAUGAAGUUAUUGAGGAGGCCUUAGCUUUUGUUGAUGAUGAGCUUGACAAGAGCCGAUUUGUCUCACCAGAAGAUGUCUGUGGGAAACACACACACGGCCAAUCAGUAGAGAACGAGUAUCCCAAUGAACGUGGUUCAAACUUGUUAGUGCGUGUUUUAUCCUGUACUUUGGCUAUAGCUAAGAAUUCUUUAAGAUUGGAGAGGAUUGGUGGCCCGCUCGGUAAUACCACAAUAUUUGUAGUAGGUAUGCUUGCAUUCUUGCAGCUGCAUCAGGUGGUCUUUAGUAAACAAGCAGUUCAAUGUAGGCAAGACAAUUCUUUUCAUUCUCAUAUGUCUAUAAAGAACACUAGAGAAAAGCAUCUGGAGGUAUUAUUAUCUAGAGGCUGAGGAAAUAAUCAUUGUUCGAUGUACAGGGAGUGUUGUUCUGUUCACAUUUUUUAAAGUUUUCUUAGGACACUAAUCAUUGCAUUCUCUUGGAUGGGCUGGUGUAUAACAUAUCUUAGUUAGGAAAUUGUACCAUAUGAUCUGUAAUGGUUUUAGAUUGGCGAUAUAUGAACAGAUUGGCGAUAUAUGAACAGAUUGGCAAUAUAUGAACUGGCAGUACAAGCUUGUUUCUUUUUCUACGGCUAAACCGCAAUCACCAUUUAUGGACA